GUUUCGAUUAUUACGCACCAAAGACAAAAAACAUCGUGAAAUGCUAGCAUUUAUGUUCAAUAUAGGAUACUAGUACUGCUUGAUAUGCGCUAAAAAUAAAGAGCUUCACCGUCAUUGGUCGAAGACCAACUACGACAUUUGUGGGUUUUAUUUAGUGAAUACAAUGAUGCAAUUUGCAUGGCAUGCGGAAACGCACACGUGAUAGAUGCGUCGUUGUGUGACUGCCUGCGGAUUUUUGGAAUGAUUUCCGCAAAUCAGUUGAGUUUAUCUUAAAACUGUAAAAAUUAUAAAGCUGAAAGGGGAACUAAUAAGCACGUUGCAUGACGUGCAUCGUAUCACUUUGACUUGCUGACAGUUUCUGAAUACUGUUUGUUAUGCAAUGUCUGUCUUCCACGAUGAGAUAGAAAUAGAAGAUUUUGAGUAUGAUGAGGAAACUGAAACUUUCAGCUACCCAUGUCCUUGCGGUGACAAGUUCCUCAUAACCAAGGAAGAAUUGAUUGCUGGCGAAGAAGUAGCUACUUGUCCAUCCUGCUCACUAAUUAUCAGGGUCAUCUAUGAUCAGGAUGACUUCCUAGAGGAGGAAGCCCCAGCCUCGGUGCCGGUAUCUAAGCAGCUGCAGACCGCCUAAACGCCUGCUCACGUGCGUACGAGCGGCUGCCUUUCCUCAGUGACCGUAUUACCGAGUCGUUGGACCUCCCACCGCAGCCAUGGGCGGACGCGGGCGCGGCCGGGGGCGCGGUGCCAACAUGUCGUUCAAUGUGGAGGCGCUGGGUUUCGGCCGGGGCGAGGCGCUGCCGCAGGCGGCCGUGGCGCCGCCGCCCAUCUUCCCUCCCCUGAGCACCAAACCUCUGCCGCUGGACGCCGACCUGCAGCAGGACUACAUGCUGGUCAUCAAGAAGGAGCUCUCCAUCUUCUGGCACGACUCGCCGUCGUAUGUCACCCCUCCGGCGGUGCGCGGCAGCAUCGAGCGCUACUCGGACCGCUACCUGGAUCAGGCGGCCGGCGGCGCGCAGGCUGACCGGCACACGGACCUCUCGCGGAUACCGGCCGAACUCAAACUGGCCUCUGUGGCCGUGCGCAAGCGGCGGCGCGACCGGACCGGCCCGGCGCCGGCCAAGGCGGCGCGACGGGACGCGGACGUCACCAAGCGUCUGGAGAAGCUGGAGAAGAAGGAGACGGAGGGAGACGCCGAGGAGCGGACCGAGGAGAAGGAGGCCGGCCAGGAGUCGGACGAGGAGGUCGGAGAGACGGAGGACGUGGAGCUGGACGAGGGGACCGACUACAUCCAGGACUACUUCGAUAACGGGGAGGAUUACCUGGACCCCGAGGAUGACGCGCUGGAGGAGGGUCCCAUCUUCUGACGCGCCGCCGUUGUGAUACUUGUUUUAGGGGCCGGGGUACGCCAUCCCCACCCCGUGUGUGGUGUCUGCAUUGUCACUGUGUCUGUGUGAGCGGUGUGAUGUCGCGUGUUGUCAGCCUUUCCCGGAUACUGGUAGCAUAUUUUUCAUGCCAUGAAAACAAUAUUGUUUUGAUGAUUGUUGAAUAUUUCAGCUAACCGCUAAGUCAGUUUGAGAUGCAAACUAGGCGAUCUUUAUUUUCCACCCGUAGGAUUGCGAACUUGUGAACAGUACAUAAACAUUACUCCAAGAUUUUUUAAUAUAAUAUAACAUGUUGCAUUGACAAA